AUGAGGAUUUCAACCGCCGUUCCAUUCGAGCAAUUACGCUCACUUCUAGCCUCACCAGCAACAACCUCACCCGUUACAAAAGCCCAAGAUCUCAUCCAAAUACUACCCCCAAGCAAAGUGUGCACAGUAUGCUUGAACUUCGACCCAUACCUGGCCUCCAAAAAAGGCGAUUCGGAUCAGCACAAACCAUGGGCUGAAACAGAGUACAGAAUUCCUGCCGGGACACCAGUCGGGAAAAUCACCAUCGAAAAGUCGAAAUAUCUAAUUGAUGCGGUGAAAGGUGGUUGCUUUUACUGUUCUAUGGUCCAAUCUGCAGUCGGGGCUGUAUGUCCUGGGUGGGAGAAGGAAGGGUCAUACAUUCAUAUCUUUCUUGCGCUUAACUUGCCCGUGGUUGUGCGGUUAGAGUUUGGAGUUAUUUCCACUUUGCCUAUUGGCAGGGAAGCUGCAGAGGGCUUGUUCCGGGUCGAGUUACCGGUUGACCAUGAUUUAAAUUUUGUUAUUACGGUUGGUUCUGCUUCGGACACUUCGAAAUCUGCUGUAGAUGUUGAGAUUUAUCGACCUCGACUCGCUGCCGAUCAGUCCACUAUUGGUGAUAUUGCCCUCUCAGCAGUUGUCCCUUACUUGGGCUUUGCAGAAGAUAUACCGAGACGUGUUGGCGAUAAAAGAUGCCUAACCUUCAUACAAGGUCAAUUGUCCCGCUGUCUCAACGAACACAACUGUUGGGCUCGUAAAUCUUUGCCUUUCCUUCCAGAUCGCGUCAUCUGGAUCGAAGCCAACAAUCCAAGUCGUAUUCAGCUCAUAGAGCCAAAAAGCGUUCGUGCUAUAUAUCUUGCACUCAGUUAUUGCUGGGGAUCUGUGAACUCAGAUACUUACUUAACAGACGCGUCCACAUAUGAGGCAAGGAAGGCUGGAAUGCGGUUGGACGACUUACCGCCUCUUUUUCAGGACAUUAUUGAGUGUGCUCGUGCGCUUGGUAUUGAAUAUAUCUGGAUCGAUCGAUUGUGCAUCAUCCAGCAAGAUGAUGACGAUUUCAAUAAGCAGGCUCCAAAAAUGGGAGAGAUAUACGGAAAUGCCACUGUGACCAUAGCAGCCGCUUCUGCUAGUUCCGAAAUGGAUCGUAUCUUGGUGGAGCGAGAUCGCAAAUGGUCCCCUUUCGACAUAAGCAUGACUGUCAAUGGCAUUGGGGCUUUGAAACUUCAAUGUCGGAGGCGAUCACACCCUUUAGGGAAGGAGGACACGGGAGGCGAUUAUGGCAAAGUGUCUACCAGGGCAUGGAUAUGGCAAGAACGUCUCCUUGCUGAAAGAACGAUGUUUUUUACUCCCUCUGCCUUGAAGUUUGAAUGCCAUUGCCAUUCUGUUUGGGAAGGAUUCGAUCAGGGGGUCACAGGCCACUCAUGGUCCGCGCAACUGGAAAUCAUAUCACACAGCUCAUGGACAUCGUUGGUGGAGGAAUUUACGAGAAGAGACAUCACUCGACCUUCAGACCGGCUCCCAGCCAUGGAUUCUGUCAUGAAGCGCAUUCAAAAAAGUACUGGUUGGACGCCUCUUUGGGGUUUGUGGGAAGACAUGCUCGUGGAAAGUCUGGGCUGGGAAGCACAGCUCCCAGAACGCCAUGGAAUGCAUUCAUGCCGCAUGAACCCUGGCCAUUACGCUCCGACCUGGAGCUGGGCAAGCGUUGAUGGCCCAAUUUCGUACAUCUCUACUAAACCUUCGAACGUUAGCUCCCAAAUCGACCCCUUCACCUAUGACCUAGAUUGUCGAAAGGUCAAGGCUACUCCUCCGGGUUCGAUCACAGUGGCUAGCUACCUCGUUCCAAUCGAGCUCAAUGUUAUAGUAGAGCGUAAUGAGCCCUCCGAAGGAAACUCGAUCGAACAUGAAGAAUUUACGUAUGAUUAUGUGGUGAAAGGCUCAAAUAGAGUCGGCCCAGAAGAUGCUACACUUAAACCCGAUGUUGUCCUGAAACCGUGGAGCGGUAAGAUCAGUGGACAGCUGAUAUCGACUGUUGUACGAGUUCCAUAUGGAGAGACUCCUCCAAAGACAUCUUGGACUGGUACCUGCCACUGCUUAUUAGUCGGCAAGACGAAAAGACGAUGCCUUGUUCUCUAUCUGGGCCGCUCGCUGGAGAAUCCAGGUGCUUGGGAACGAAUUGGAAUGGUGGAUGGGAUAUCACCCACUAUCUUCUCGAUGUCUCAAAGGCAGAUAAUCGACAUUUUUUAA